CCGAUCCAGGCCGAGUGCAAACACAAGAAUCGUUUAUCUUUCAGGACUUCACUUUGCUACUUGCAUUAUAUAUUGGACAGGUUUCGAUGUUUGUAUAUAUAUAACUUAUCAUACAAAUUUAUAUAUUCAGAGUUUCAGACACAUUUAUAGCCAGUAUAAUUGGCCGGAAUGGGCACAACAGUGGAGGAUGUCGUGAUAGUUGGAGGAGGGAUAGCUGGGCUGGCAACGGCGGUAGCACUGAAGAGAGCUGGCGUAGAUGCGUUGGUGUUGGAAAGAUCGGAAGGGCUGCGAGCCACCGGUGCAGCCUUGACUCUAUUCCCAAAUGCAUGGUUUGCUCUUGAUGCCUUGGGGGUUUCUCCUAAGCUUGCUUCUUAUACCUCCUCUUUCAAGAAUUAUGUAACUGAUCUGGAAACUGGAAAAGUUCAAGUAGUCUCUCUCAGCGAAACCAAUGGUGAUGCAGAUGGACCGAGAUCAGUACACCGGAAAGCCUUGCUCGAGGCUUUGGCCGGUGAAUUACCGGUACAUUCAAUCCGUUUCUCUUCCAAGAUCUCUGCUAUUGACUGCCAACAACAUGAAGGUUCAUCGAUUGCCACUAUUCACAUGGAAAAUGGAACCAUCAUCAAAGCAAAGAUUCUCAUAGGAUGUGACGGGGUUCACUCAGUGGUGUCACGCUGGUUAGGACUGCGUGAACCAGUCCAUUCAGGUCGGUCAGCUGCUCGUGCCUUGGCUGUGUAUCCUCAAGGCCAUGGCCUUGAGCAGGACGUGCGACAGUACACAGGAACAGGCAGAAGGGCUGGCUUCGUUCCCCUCAACGACAAAGAGAUAUACUGGUUCUUCACUGGCAUAUCUCCGGCCAAAGGGACCUCUCUGGCUGAAGAUAUACAAAAAGAAAUACUUGAGAAUUAUGCCAAGGACCUCCCACAUAUAUACUUGGAUGUUGUGCGGCACACAGAUCUUUCUACAUUAACAUGGGCACCACUGAUGUUCAGGUAUCCCUGGAACGUAGUAUUUGGCAACUUAAGCAAGCAUAACAUCACGGUGGCCGGGGACGCCAUGCACCCCAUGACACCUGACCUAGCACAAGGCGGUUGCUCAGCAUUAGAAGAUGCAGUGAUCUUAGGCAGGUAUAUUGGGACAUCCUUUGUACAAAACGGACAUGUACUUAUGCCCAAAGAGGUUAGUGAAGUAUUGAGCAAAUAUGUGGAAGAAAGAAGGUGGCGCGUUGCUUGCUUGAUCAUGGGGUCAUAUAUAGCAGGAUGGGUGCAGCAGGGAGGAUCUGGUUGGGGUAGGAAAAUUUUGAGAGACACCAUAUUCUACAAGUUUUUUUUCCUUAAAAUGGUUAAAUAUGUAAACUACGACUCGGGAAAACUCGACUUCUAGUUCGCAAUUUCAUCCUUUGUGGAGAAACGACCUCCUCCCAAGCAAACGAACUAACGAAGGUUGAUGGUUCUUCUACAUAAUGCUAAUCUCAAGUUCAGGCUGAGCAGUAAUAUGCCGUACGUACAGACCAAGUACAAAUGUAUAUGGCGACCUAAGAAGAGAAGGCUAUGUAGUAAUGUACUGUUACGAUUCUACUAAUUAAACAUCGCAACUCGUUAAUUA